AUGUACGCUACCGCUGUCUUCCUGCGCAUCACCUACCUUCUUCUUCUGGCCUCCGUAGUCCUGGCAUUCCCUCACGAUCGAAUGGUGAACAACGAGUUCAUCCGCGAUGUCGGCGUGCUUUUCUCCCAGAGUAACUUCACAGGCAAUGUCAUGUUGCUUGUCACGCACAAGCAGGAGCACAAGUGCGAGACUGUCGAUCUGUUUAUUCUUGGUGGUAGCCUCGGUUCAGUCCAGAUUUGCGUCCCCGUGACGUGCAUCUUCUACAAGACCAAUGACUGUACCAUGUCAGAGGACAGUAACGACUACUACUUCCAAGGUCCUGUCGACAUUGACAACCUCCAAGUGCUCCCCGAUUUUGCCUGCGGUUCCUACGAGUGUGGCUCUAUCGAGUUUAUGGCCAGCGUGGUCGGUAAAGCCACCGGGGCGCUCACAGACACUGAGGGUGGCCAUUACGGUCCAGUCGUUCGUAACUAG